AAUGAUGAUUAAAAAAGAUAGCGAUUUUAUAGUUUCAGACAUUUUGGAAAUAAGUGAAUCUAUAGCAAUCUCAUAGUAAAAAAAAUUAUAUUAACAGGAAUAAAUCAUCUGGUUAAAUAGGUGAGCUAGUAAUUUUCAGUAAAGCGAAUAAUAGAUUUAUUGAAUUAGGAUAGCCAAUUAAUGAGGUUUUAAAGAACUUAAAUUUUGAUGAAUUUGAAAUUUAGAAUCGAUACUCAGAAUCAUACUCACUUUAACCAAUUAAUGUUAGAAUUAAUGUAGUUGAUAAUAAAUACACUAUUUAAAGAAGUUUUCAAUUAAGCAGAUUUGAUAAAUUAAGUUAAAUAGGAGAAGAAAUAUUAAAAUAUUUGAAUAAAACAAAGUAUUGAAAUUAAUAAUUUUAGAGAGGAAUGUGAGUUGUUAUUUAUUAUUUAAGGACAAGAAUAUUAUCCAUUCAAAAUUAAUUUGAGAUUAGUUGAUAUUAAUUUUAUUGAUAAUGAUGAGAUCUAAAUCGAAAUUCCAAUCAAAUUAAUUAUUUCACUAUAAGAUGGAGGUAGAGAUAGCAAAAUCACUUUAUUAUCAAAAUCAUCUAAUACUUUUAGGCAUAUAGAGAAUUAAAUUAAAUAAAGACUAUCUUUCGAGAAGUAUAAUAUGCAUUUAUUUAAUAGUGAUAAUGUUUUGCUGAAGUUCGAAGUUGAUAAUAAGAUUUUAAGUGAAUAAAUGUACAAUUAGACUCUAAAAGAUUUUGGUAUAAAUGAAAAUUCAAAAAUAUCUGUAAAAUAAUUAUAUACAGGUGGAUUCUAGAGAUAAAAACAUCAAUAUUGA